UUGUGCAGCUCAGCUCUUCCAGGGUUUUUGUUGCACGCAGACAACAGCUGGCGUCCGGACUCAUUUAUUUCUCAGCAGUCAUCUCCGCUGGAAUGGAGAUGAACGCGGGAUGAACGCCGGGCUCUGCUUUUGUGUUGAUGUAAAUGAUGCUGUCCGGUUAACGCGCAGCGGGGAGAGCGUUGUGUCCGCGCGGGCUGAUGACAAUAGCGAGCAAAGCGGACGAUAGACAAAAAGAAAAAACGUUUGCGAAGUCGGUUACCGGGCAGGAAAAUGUCUCUCAGCAGGAGCCUCGAGCUCGAGCACUUUGACGAGCGGGACAAGGCGCACCGCUCCAAACGCGCGGCGGCGGGUUCGGGCUCCCAGCAGGGCUCCCGGGCGAGCAGUCUGGCCCCGAGCCCCGCGCACAGCGCCAGCUGCAGCUUCUACCGGACGCGCACGCUCCAGACGCUCAGCUCCGAGAAGCGAGCCAAGAAGGUUCGGUUCUACCGGAACGGCGACCGGUACUUCAAGGGUCUGGUGUACGCGGUGUCCGGCGACCGCUUCAGGUCCCUGGACGCGCUGCUGGCCGAGCUGACUCGCGCGCUCGCCGACAACCUGCACCUGCCGCAAGGUGUGCGCAUCAUCUACAGCGCGGACGGCGCGAGGAAGAUCGCGAGCCUCGAGGAUCUCGUGGAAGGUCAGACAUUCACGGAAAUACCGGCGUGCAUUAUGACCGUGAAGAAAGGUGAGAGCUACGUCUGCGCCUCCAACGAACCCUACAGGAAGGUGGAGUACACCAAGAACGUCAACCCCAACUGGGGCUCGCGGCUGGGGGCGGGGCCAGUGGGCGGAGCCGGGCGUCAGGGGCCUCAAUCGAGGGACCCGAAAGACUUCAUCAAACCCAAACUGGUGACAGUGAUCCGCAGCGGCGUGAAGCCCAGGAAGGCUGUGAGGAUCCUGCUGAAUAAGAAGACGGCGCACUCGUUCGAGCAGGUGCUCGCAGACAUCACCGAAGCCAUCAAACUGGACUCCGGCGUCGUCAAGAGACUCUACACGCUGGACGGAAAACAGUUGACGAGUCUGCAGGAUUUCUUCGGUGAUGACGAUGUUUUCAUGGCGUGCGGUUUGGAGAAGUUUCGUUACGCUCAGGACGACGCUGCCGUCGGACACGCGGGGAAGAGCGCCGCGGCUGCGUUCGUUAAUGAGUGUAAGAAAUCACGACCGUCAGUCCCUCCCAAGACAACUGCAUACAAAAGCUCCGGCAUCCCGCGCUCCAAAUCACCUGUAUCCGCCAAUGAGGCUCCGAGGAGCGACUCUCCCCCGAUGAGGUCAUCACAGUCGCCCUGCAGCCCUGGGACUCAACGCAGCCGGAAGACGUCCGUUCAUGAAGCGUCUGCAUCCCCGACGCCAUCCAAAGACCUCAACGAUGAAGAAGACCUCAGUUCUGAAGUGAACGGUAAUGAAGUUCAGUCGUCUGUCAUCACUGAAAAGUAUAAAGUGGGAAAGGUGAUCGGCGAUGGAAACUUCGCUGUGGUCAGAGAGUGUGUGGAGAGGUCUACAGGACAGGAAUAUGCGCUGAAGAUCAUUGACAAGGCCAAGUGCAGCGGCAAGGAGCACCUGAUAGCCAAUGAGGUGGCGAUACUCCGCAAGGUUCGUCACCCAAGCAUCAUUAUGCUAAUAGAGGAGCUGGACACGCCCACUGAGCUGUAUUUGGUGAUGGAGCUGGUGAAGGGCGGUGACCUGUUCGACGCCAUCACUUCCUCCACAAAGUACACGGAGCGGGACGCCAGCGCCAUGCUGUUCAACCUGACCGGAGCGCUGCGAUACCUGCACAAAAUGAACAUUGUACACAGAGACAUUAAACCAGAGAACCUGCUGGUGUGUGAGUAUCCAGACGGCACCAAGUCUCUGAAGCUGGGUGAUUUUGGUCUGGCGACGGCGGUGGAGGGACCGCUGUACACCGUCUGCGGGACACCUACGUACGUCGCACCGGAGAUCAUCGCAGAGAGCGGGUAUGGGCUGAAGGUGGACAUCUGGGCUGCGGGUGUGAUCACGUACAUCUUGCUGUGUGGCUUUCCUCCGUUCCGCAGCGAGAGGAACCAGCAGGAGGAGCUGUUCGAGCAGAUCUUACUGGGCAGACUGGAGUUUCCCUCGCCGUACUGGGACAACAUCAGCCUCUCUGCUAAGGAUUUAAUUGGUAAGAUGUUGCAAGUGAAUGUCGGUGCUCGUUACACGGCUGACGAGGUGCUGAAACACCUGUGGAUGCAGGACGAUGCGAUGAUGGACACCAACAUGGCGUGUGAGAUGGAAGAUGGUGUUGAAUCAGAAAACACACACAACAGCACAGCAGCAGAGGCAGAGGUGGAUCAUCUCCAUGAUGACAGCUGGCAGUAGUCUGAUGAAUCUCUCCGGAGGUGCAGAAGAAGAGAAACCCUGAUCACCACCACAAACCUCAACACCGAGACCAGACCAGACCAGACCAGACCACCGUCUCUCUUCAUCUUCCAUCCUGUUAUUAGUGGUGUUUGCUAAAUCAGCCAUCAAUUUGACUAAGUUCUCAUAUUUUAGUGUUAGCCAGAUGCUGAAACCUCUAGCACUAAGUAUUACAUCCCAUAGACACUCAGAACACCUUAGCAACUGCAUAGCAACACCACAACAACCACCGCAGCAUCGAGGCAGUUUGUUUACAUGCACUCAUUUUCUUCAAUCUGAACGAAUCCAAUCCGAUUUCAGAUCCUGAAAGUUGUUUAUAUGAACGGUAAACUUCACAUAUUCAUUUACAUGUAUAUUUACGUAUUCCGAACAAAAGACACCUCUUUGAUAACUGGAAAAGGCCACUGCGAUAAUGUCACCAGAGCUAACGCGAGUCGUUUUGGAUUAGAUGACACCUAAAAGAAAAGCUUUUUUAGCAAAUAUUUAGUAAAUAUUCCUUCUCCUCCACUGACCAGCUAACAAAAAUAUGUUCUAAGAAAGAUAUAAUAACGUUAUGAAAAGGUUAUUUCUGAAUGUUUUGAA